CUGCAGCGCAGCCACGGCGCCCGAUCGCGAGGGAAGAGGUUCAGCCAGAACUUCCGAGAGGUGGCCGGCAGGUUCCUGGUGUCCGAGGCCUCCACGCGCCUGCUGGUGCUCAGCAUGGAGCGCCGGCUGCCCCCCAACAGCGAGCUGGUGCAGGCCGUGCUGCGCCUCUUCCAGGAGCCGGUCCCCGAGGCCGCGCUCCGCAGGCACCAGCGGCUGUCCCCUCGCAGCGACCUGGCCAGGGUCACCAUCGAGUGGCUGCACGUCCGCGCCGACGGCUCCAACCGCACCUCCCUCAUCGACUCCAGGUGGGGAGGUUGCCCGGGGGGAGGACAGGGGGGGCGAGGGGAGCCAGCUGCCCCUGAGGGCCUCUCCGAGGGGCUCAUCCCCAGGCCGUGCCUCCCCUGGUGUCCGGCCUUUCAUCUCUCACUGAGCUACCAGCUUGUCCGCCUGCUGGGGCGGGAGCAGGACCGUGUGAGUCAGGAGUCUGGGUCUGAGACCCGCGUCUGCCAGGACCGGUUCCUUGAUCUUGGGGCAGGUGGUUAA